UUUGAUUAUCCAACUGUAAAGUAAACAAACUCACAUUGGAUACUGAUCAAGAAGGACAAAGAAAGCUACAAAAAUAUUAAUAAUAAUGUAACCAUAGAGAGAGAUCCCUUCUCUUUUUUAUUUCAUUUUUCACCACUAAAAUCACAAAGCCCAGAAAAUCCCAGAAGCUGAAAUCUCUCAACCAUGCCUGCAAGGCCUUACCCUGCAAAUCCCAACUCCCUAACAACUCCAACAACACCAAGUUUCUUAACCAAAACUAGAGUCUUGUUCUUGGUUUUGACCAUUUCUGCUUCUUUAGUUAUACUUGCUUCUAUUCUCUACUUUCUUUACCAUCUUUGGCAAUCUCUUGUUCACAAUAGAGCUAAGACCAUUCCAUUUGAUUCUAGUGCACCUCUAAAGCUUGAAAGAUUCCCUUACAAAGAGCUAAAGAGUGCUACUAAUGAUUUUGAUUCUUCCAAUGUUAUUGGCAAAGGUGGUUCUGGUACUGUGUUUAGAGGCAUAUUGAGGAGUGGUAAGUUGAUUGCAAUUAAGAGACUUGAUGCUUUGUCUUUGCAAUCAGAGAGAGAGUUUCAGAAUGAGUUGCAGAUUCUUGGUGGGCUAAGAUCACCAUUUUUGGUGACCCUUUUGGGUUAUUGUGUGGAGAGGAAUAACAGAAUCCUUGUUUAUGAGUAUAUGCCUAAUAAGAGUCUUCAAGAGUCACUUUUUGGAGAUGGGGUUUUGAUUUUGAGUUGGGAAAGAAGGUUUGAGAUCAUUUUGGACAUUGCUAGAGCACUUGAGUUCUUGCAUUUGGGAUGUGAUCCACCUGUUAUACAUGGUGAUGUUAAGCCAAGUAAUGUGUUGCUUGAUUUUGAGUACAGAGCAAAGAUUUCAGAUUUUGGGUUGUCAAGGAUUAAGGUUGAGGGUGAGUUUGGUGUUGAUAUGUUUAGUCAAGAUUUGGGGAAAAGUCAAGAACUUUCUGGGAAUUUGACUCCAGAGACUCCUCCUGCAAUUAGUACACCAGUGGAAGAUAGUCCUCAUGAGGUAGAUUUUGCUCUUGCUUUACAAGCUUCUUCUUCUUCCAAAAAUAGUAAAGCUUGUUAUAAUGUUAAAGCUUUGAACUUGAAUUCUUUGAAUUAUAAUGCCAACAUUGCAAAUGCUAAAGGGAAAGAGGUUUCAACAGUAGUAGAUUUUGGUGUUGGUGGUGGUGGUGGUGGUGAAUAUGAUUGUUGGAAUCAUAACAAGUUUGUUGUUCCUUAUGAUGAUGAGCCUUGUAGUAUUGAUGAUCAUAGUAAGGAGUUGUCCAAUUCAAACACUUGUUCUGUUGUUGAUGAGGUUGUUGAUAUGAAACAGUGGGGGAAAGAUUGGUGGUGGAGACAAGAUGGUAGUGGUGAAUUAUGCAGUAAAGAUUAUGUCACUGAAUGGAUUGGGAGUCAAAUUGGACCAACAACAAAUCCUGAUUGGGAUGAAGAAAAGAAGAGCAUUCCUGACAAAGCUGAUUUGAUGAUGAUGGAAGAGGAGGAGGAGGAGGACAUGGACAUUUCAGCUCCCUUAGAUAAACCAGAAGAAGAAGCAAAUGAUGAACCCCAUUUACAAGCAUUCGGGUUUGAAGUUUCAGGGAAGAAAAACCGAAAGAAGAAACCAAAGAAGAUGCAAGAGUGGUGGAAAGAAGAACACUUAGCUGAGAUUAGCAACAAGAAGAAAGGUAGUAAUAGUACUAAGAGUAGUAAUAAGCUGAAAAGGCUUAAAGCCAAGUUUAGAAAAGGCUUCAAAAUCCCACAUUUCGAUAUGGGGAGGCGGUUUUAUUUUCGCAGAAGAAAGAAUUUUGAUGAUCAGGGUGGUCAAAUUGAUUGUGAAGAUCAUCAAAAUGGUGAGUUCAGCUUCAGAAGAGGGUGGAAAAAGAAGAGGAACAACAACAACAACAACUCAAUUGGAAGUGAUAUGUGGAGUGGAGAUAUAUUCAGUAGAGAGCUGAGUAGCACAACUAGUAUGAGAGGAACACUAUGCUAUGUUGCACCAGAAUAUGGUGGCUGUGGAUACUUAAUGGAAAAAGCUGAUAUUUACAGUUUAGGAGUACUAAUGCUUGUCAUUGUUUCUGGUAGAAGGCCACUACAUGUUCUUGCUUCACCGAUGAAACUCGAAAAGGCGAAUCUAAUAAGUUGGUGUAGACACUUAGCUCAAGCUGGUAACAUUUUGGAACUUGUUGAUGAAAGAUUGAAAGAUGAGUACAACAAAGAUCAAGCUAGCUUGUGCAUCAACUUGGCCAUCACUUGUUUACAGAAAAUGCCCGAAUUUCGGCCUGAUAUAGGCGAAAUUGUUAGGAUUUUGAGAGGGGAGAUGGAGCUACCUCCAUUGCCCUUUGAGUUUUCUCCAUCUCCACCAUCUAAGUUGUACAGCAAAUGCAGAAGAAAAAACAAGGUCAUUGCAGAUUAGGCUUCAUAACAUUAUUAUUACUAUUAUUAUAAUGUUUCCUUUUAUUGCUAAUUUUGUUAAUCUUUGUUUUUUUUCUUUCACAUUUCAAUAUUGGGGGUUCUUAAUUGAAGAGUGUAUUAUAUAUAAGCUGUUAUUGUUUGAAAUUUGAAAACAAACUAAUUAAGCUUAUUGAUUGUGUUGUAUAAAGAUGGAUUAUGUUCUUUUAAUGAAUGUAUAUUAAUUUAUAA